AUGACUUUUGAGAUGCGUGCCUACCAAGUCAUAACGGAGCUGAAUAUAGCAGAGACCAUCUUCACGUAUAUAAAACAUCAAUCCAUGACACUCAGCGCGGAACAGCUGACCAAGACGUUGAACAGAAUGAGCUGCCCAGGAGGAGACCAUGAUUAUGUGAACAUUGUAAUAGACUUCUCUUCCUGGUGCACUCACUUCAGGGCUGAGUUGGUUGAGCCUUUAUUUAAGUCCCUAGACGCACUGUUUGGGUUCACCAACGUAUACAGUUUCAGCCAUAAGUUUCCUCUUAUAUCUAAGUUGAUAUUCCAGGAUAGAUAUGCUCCCCCGGACCAGGACCAAGAUGGAGAGCCUAUGGAGGGCCCAAGAUGUGUUCACGGGCCAGAGGCGUGGCUCGAAGGCCUUCGCCAGAAAGGUUGGACUUUGGCAACAAUCCUAAUAAUUCUGUUAGCAGCACAUCGUUGCGACACAACUGCUUCGUUGUUGGGCCAGGGUGACAACCAAGUCAUCGUCCUACGUAUCCCAUCCAAGCAAUAUCUACGAGAAAGAAACCUCACACCGGACGAGUACACUCAGCAGUUCUUACGAGUCCUUGAGGAGAUAUAUGACAAGGCUGGUAUUGUAAUAAAGGUUCCUGAGUCGUGGCGUUCUCGGAGACUACUGGAAUACGGUCGUCGGUACUUCUUGGAUGGUGUACAAGUGAGCGGGGCUAUCAAGAAGGCAACCCGGUUGACCAGCGAAGCAAAUCAGACGAUCCACACCACCAACGCUACUAUAGCAGGGCUCUUUUCCAGUGGGGUUUCUAUAGCCGGAGAUGAUGAGAGCCCAGUUCCGGCUUAUAUGCUAACCGUAUAUGAAGCGGCGAGGGUUUUAUGGCGAUUACAUCCAGAGUAUCUACAACAAUCCGACGAAUGGAUGAUAACUUUACUUCUCAUGAACCGGACUAUUGGGGGAUAUCCGGUUGUUCUGUUCCCCCAAUUUGCCACAAGAGCGACUCAAGACACAUUGAGCCUAGGUCUCAGUGUGAAGAGGCACGCCCUUAGGGACGAUCGAUUACGGGAAUGUGUCUAUACCCUCCUCGACAUAGGUAAACCCAAUCAUGUAGACUUGAUUCAACUUAUAAAGGAUCCGGGUAGCAUACCAUUGAACAUCCCACCUCAACCCGAGAAUCUUUUUAGGAGGAGGUUGAAAGAAGGGCUACUGGGAAUCAUAAAAAACAAUGAGAUGUUGGCCAUUUUUGGCACUAAAGCGGAUGAGGAAUAG